UCACUGUUACUUGUAGGCGAAUGUUUGUGUAUGUUAUUGUUUGUGCGCACGACAUUCGUAUCGUAACAUACAUCCGAUGGCAUGUUGACUAGUAAAAGCAAAGGGCCACGAUUAGAAAUGACAACUCUAACAAAAGUUUUGAAUUUAUCAAACAGAUAUGUACAUACACAUACAAAGUGCCCCCAUAAAUCUGAUCAAUUCAAUCAAUUGUUUAAAGAAAUAAAGAAAAAUAAAAACACAUUUAUUUGCUCAAAUGCGACAUUGUUUACGAUAUUCAUUGAGUAAUCAACGAUUGAAAUACAAACGAGCUAUUAACUAACCAUAAGCGAAAUUUCAACGAAAAUUUUAAACCAUCUGGUGAUGCAUGACCAAUAGCAAAACGAGUGUCGAGUGUGAGUGUCGGUUGACAUACAUGCAUACAUACUACGAAUUUUAACCGAGAAUUUCGUGCGAGAGUGACAGAUUCCGUGACAGGGAAUAUAGAAAAAAAACUCAAAUGACAAACAAAAGAAAAAAUAUCGACUAAAGGUGAGAAAAUUUGUGUUUUUGGUAUUUUUUGUUAUUUUCUCGAUACAAAAGCGAACAAAUCAAAACGCAUUGCUAUUUUUACUGUACGCAACGACAAAGAAAAAACAAAUUGAAAAACGAAGCAAAAAUCGAGCAAAGACGAAAAAAAGCAUAAUCUUCGAUUAUUAAGAUUGGCGCUUUUCUUUUUCCAAUCAUCAAUAGAAUAUCGUUGAAGGGCAAAGAGAGAAAAAAAAAAGAAACAAACUCAAUCAUGCCAAUUGUAAAUAUUAUAAAGCGAGCAUCCAACUACAUACUUGGAUCAGAAGAAUUGGAUGAUAAAACUGAUACAAUAUUCGAGGAUAAUGAAGUGCUUUUUUGUAAAAAUAAUGUAUGUGUACAUCCGCCAGCAUUGGUUCGACAAGAAUCGGAUAUUUUACAUUAUCCAGGCUAUUUGACAGUGACAACGAAAACUUUUACGGAUCAAUACAAUAAUGCAAAACGACCAACGCUACUGCUUACCUGGAUUCCGAAUGCAACACUCCGAAAAUGUCCGUCAACCGUGGAAAACAACGGUUUGCCCGUAUCAAUGAUGAACAAUAGUGCAAGUAAUAUGACGGUGGACAGCAUUCAUUCAUAUACGGAUGAAUUAAAACAGCAUAAACUUUAUAAUCAAAUAUCCGAUUGGAAUAGUAAAAACACCUCACAAACAUGCCUCGAAACAUCGAUACCAAUUUUUAACAAUACAAAUCCAUUUUUGGAUCCGUAUCUGUAUGAAAGCGAAAAAUUGGCAACCGAAAAUAUGGACACAAUCAGCGUUAGUUCAAAUUCAGAUCGUGCUAGUAGCAGUGGUGUUCAUAGCACAUACGGCGGUGAUACGGACACACAUCAUGAUGAUGAUUGUGCAUAUACCACCGACGAUUUGAAAAAAUCAAUGCCAAAUGUUGAAGAAACGGAAGAAGAAAAGGAAUUAAAACGUGAACUUGAACCACUUAUCGAAACCGAUGGCGAUAACAAAGCGAUUGUUGUGAUUAAUGCAGCCAGACAAAAUGUUAAAACAUUGCUAUUGUCACAACCGAAAAAUCAACAACUAUUGACUUCAGUCAAUAUCACAAUAGCCAAUCCACAAAUUCACAAUCAAGACUUAUCACCGGACGAGCAAAAUGUUAAAUUGAUGCGAACACAAUCGAUAAGUUCGGUUGAAGAGACGACAACAUCAAAUUGGAUGACACCCGAAUUACUUGCCUACAAGCAUAAUUUAGCAUUUCCGGAUAGUGUGACAUCGUCACCAGUGCUCACACGUAAUGUGCCAAUGAAAUGUCGUCGAUUUUCGGUGGAUUUGAGUCAAAUGCGUUCGCUUCGACUAUUUUUUAACGAUGAAAAUUGCACAUCGGGACAAUUGGUGAUUGCAUCACGUGAAUCACAGUACAAAAUUUUACAUUUUCAUCAUGGUGGUCUCGAUCAUUUGGCACAAGUUUUACAUCAAUGGCAUUGUUUAUUGCACAAUAUUAAAUUGGCGCCGGGCGUUUUUGGUCAUGACGAACACAAUUUACCCUAUCGACAGUUUAUGGUAUGCCGUCCAGAAGUUAAAAAAUCUGAACUACAUCCCGAUGAAGGAAACGUAAAUAAAAUUACAACUGACUAUUUUUAUGGCACACUUCUCAACGAAAAAGGACAAAUUGAAGACGAUUUAUUACUACGGAAAUGCGUUUUCUUUGGUGGACUUGAAAAAAGCUUACGAAAAACGGUUUGGCCAUUUUUAUUGCAUUGCUAUUCAUUCAAUUCGACAUUUGAAGAUCGCGCGCUACUUAUGGACAUUAGAAAACAGGAAUACGAAGAGCUAUCACGACGCCGACUAUAUUCAAUGUCACCAGAAGAGCAGGCUCAUUUUUGGCGUUGUGUUCAGUGCAUCAUUGAAAAAGAUGUCGUACGAACCGAUCGAAGUAAUCCAUAUUUUGCUGGCGACGACAACCCAAACAUCGAAAGCAUGAAAAAUAUUCUAUUGAACUAUGCUUAUUAUAAUUCAGGCACCUCAUACACACAAGGCAUGAGUGAUUUGUUGGCUCCCGUCUUGUGUGAAAUAAAAAAUGAAUCUGAAACCUUUUGGUGCUUUGUUGGACUGAUGCAACGAGCGUUUUUCGUAUGCACCCCUACUGAUAAUGACAUCGACAAAAAUCUCAGUUAUUUACGAGAAUUAAUACGAAUUAUGGUACCAAAGUUUCAUGUACAUCUUGAAAAAUAUUCUGAUUCAAAAGAACUGUUGUUCUGUCAUCGUUGGAUAUUGCUUUGUUUCAAACGCGAAUUUACCGAAGCGGUUGCAAUACGAAUGUGGGAAGCAUGCUGGUCGAAUUACCUUACAGACUAUUUUCAUCUAUUUUUAUGCUUAGCCAUUAUUGCCGUUUAUGCAGAUGAUGUGGUGGCUCAAGAUUUACGAACCGAUGAAAUGCUCUUGCAUUUCAGUUCAUUAGCAAUGUAUAUGGAUGGUCAGUUAAUUUUGCGAAAAGCGCGUGGAUUACUUUAUCAAUUCCGACAAUUGCCAAAAAUACCAUGUACACUAUCGAAUCUCUGCCGACGAUGCGGACCAGGUAUGUGGGAUUCGGGUCAUCAUCCAGCAAUCGAAUGUAUCGGUCACACCGACGACGAUCAUUGCAUCUUAAGCGAUGAUUAAAAAUCUAGCUAGCCAAAAAAAAAUGUAUCAAAAGUUUAUCACCAAACGUUGCUGUUCGAUGCAAUAACGCUAAAAUUAUUAUUAUUUAUUUUAUUGAAUAGCAAAAUAAUAUCAAAGAAAUUGGUUUUGCAAUUCACAUUGUCCAUACACACACACAAAACACACACAUUUGAAACAACAAGUUGUAAAUCAGUUGAACAAAAGGAAACAACAUUCCAAUGAUAAUUGUCUUUAUUUUAUUAGAAAAAGUAAAAGUGCCACACACACAUAUAUAUUAUACACUAAAUGUAAAUCAAUAGAAACAAUAAUAUUUAUUAUACAAUCAA